UUAGGAUUACUUUUGUGUGUUCAAACAAUGAUCAGUUUCAUUUGCGAACAUCAUCUCAUAGCAACAGUGUUUUGUCUAUUUUUCGAAAUUACAGUAAAUAAAAUCACUAAAACAUCAUCGUGUGUUCGAGAAGAUCAAUAUAAAUUAUAAAAUAUUAUACACGCUUGUAUUAUAACGGUCACCUUCUUGAAAAAUGUUUUAUCAAGUUUCAAUAGUAAUGGGGAUUUUUAUAAUCUCCACUAGCGACGUAGCGCGGUCAAUCACUGCCGGUGCGAAUAUAUUAGCAUUCUUCCCGUUGCCAAUUUACAGUCAUUUUUCGGGUUUCAAUCCACUAUUUCUGGAAUUGGCGAAUCGCGGUCACCGCGUAACCGUAGUCAGUCCGUUUUAUCCAAAAGGGGACGUGCCGAAUACUUACCAACAUGUACCUAUUCCUAACAUAAAAAUCCAAAGAAAUACAAAACAAAAUCUAAUAGAUAUCCGGCAUGCAUAUCGGGUGAGCAAUAUGAUUAACGUCCAGCGGUCCAUGAUGAAAACGGUCAAGCGAACUUUGAUGCUCAAUGAGACCCGUACGUUUCUCAACAACACUCGGAAUUCCUUCGAUGUGGUGUUAGUUGAAUGUUGGUACAGUGACAUUUACCUGGCAUUGGGGCAUAGAUAUUCCGCUCCGACAGUGUGUUUGAGCCCCAUGACACCACCAGUGACACUCAGCCAAUCACUGGGCAUCCCGGACCAUCCUGCGUACGUACCGUCAUUCUGGCUCCGGUACUCGGACUUUAUGUCAUUCAGUGAGCGCCUAUACAACGCGGCAAUCGCUGUUGCUGAACUGAUUGUAUCUAAGGUCGUGUUCCAUUACGAAAAUCAGAAAAUGCUAGUCGACCUGUACACAUACCCCGGGCACCAAAAUUGCCCACCGCUAGACGAGCUCCGCCGAACCGUUCAACUCACGUUGGUCAACGGCCACUAUUCCGUGUCAUACCCCAGGCCGUAUCCACCAAACGUGGUACAAGUGGCCGGCAUGCACAUGCGGUCUAAGACUUCCACCUUCGUCGAUAAGAAAUUCAAAGCACUUCUUGACGGUGCGGUUCAUGGAGUUAUCUAUUUCAGUUUCGGAUCGAAUUUAAAGAUGUCGGACCUGGCGGAACGCGACGUACAGGUGUUUGUCGAAUCGUUUAGAAAGCUUAAACAAAUUGUGCUGUGGAAAUGGGAAAAUGGGACCAUUGCUAAUCUGCCCGAUAACGUGUACAUCGACAAAUGGUUUCCACAGCAAUACAUCUUGAGCCAUAAGAACUGUAAGUUGUUCAUCACUCACGGAGGAUAUCAUAGUCUCGUGGAGGCCCUGCACAUUGGUUUGCCGUUGAUUGGAUUUCCGUUUUAUACCGACCAGUAUUAUAACAUGAGGUUUGUUAUCGAAAACGGUUUCGGAAUUGAAAUCUCACUGGACCACCUGAAUCUAAAAGUCCUUGACGAUGCAUUAGGAAAUAUUUUGAAUAAUAUUAGUUAUAAGAACAACGCUCAAAGAGCUUCCAAUAUUUUCUUGGACCUACCAGUUUCUGCGAUGGAUGCCGCAGUGUAUUCGGUUGAAUACUUAAUCAGAAACGGUGUUAACCAUACUUCACCUGUAUCCACGAGUUUGAGUUGGUAUCAAUAUUUUGUUAUUGACAUAAUGGUUUUUAUAAGCGUUAUUAUAGCUUUAACUACACUCGUUUUAUAUAAAUCCAUUAAAUACUUAAAAAAGAUCAUUAAUUUAAAAGAUAAAAAGUUAAAAUAAAAUAAAGAUAUAUACUUAUUAUAAAUGAUAUUAUAAUGUAUUUAUUAAUAAUAUAAUACGUAGAAUAAAAUAAUUAUGCAUUAAAUAGCUUUGAUAUUUGAGAAA